AUGACGCAGACGAUACUGACGCACUGGAGGAUCAACACAAAACCGAAUAUAAAGCGGGCUAGGGCUGCAUCCUCCCCUGGGCCCAAUGGAGUCCCAUAUCGAGUUUAUAAGAACACACCAGAUGUAUUACGCUUCCUAUGGAGGCUGAUGAAAGUAGUGUGGCAGAAACAAGCAAUUCCAACUGCAUGGAGGAGAGCAGGAGGCAUCCUAAUCCCGAAGGAAAAGGAUUCUGUGGACAUCAGCCAGUUUCGUCAAAUCAGCCUCCUGAACAUCGAAGGCAAAAUCUUUUUCAGUGUAGUGGCUCACAGGCUGACAGCGUACCUGGAAAAGAACCACUUCAUUGAUACUAUGGUACAGAAAGCAGGGAUUCCAGGCUUCUCUGGAUGCUUAGAGCAUUUAAACAUGAUAUGGAAUCAAAUCCAAUCAGCCAAAAAGGAUGGAAGAGAUCUCCAUGUCGUGUUCUUGGAUCUUGCAAACGCCUUCGGAUCAGUUCCUCACAAUCUUCUGUGGACUGCAUUCCACUAUUUCAGCGUCCCGGAAGUAAUCACCCGCCUUGUUAAGUCUUAUUUUCAAGAUCUACAACUAUGCCUGACAACUGAUGAGUGUACUACAGCAUGGCAACGAGUGGAAAUAGGAAUAAUGGCGGGAUGUACUAUCUCACCUCUAGCAUUCACGAUGGCUAUGGAGGUCAUCAUCCGAGCAUCUCGGUGGGUAGUAGGAGGUCAGAAGCUUAAAUCUGGUCUUCGUCUCCCUCCCAUCAGAGCUUAUAUGGAUGAUAUGACCAUCCUUACCACAACCAAGGCUUGUGCUAGGCGGUUGUUGAAUAAGCUACAGGAGAACAUCCAGUGGGCCCGGAUGGAAAUAAAGCCAAGCAAGUCUAGGAGCGUCUCAGUCGUCAAGGGGAAGUUAUCAGAACAACGGUUCUAUGUGGGUAAGGAGCCCAUACCAACAGUGGCAGAGAAGCCAGUUAAGAGUCUUGGACGUUGGUAUCAUGCCACCCUCAAGGACACAGAGCAAGUUGAUCAGCUUAUGAAGGACACCAUAUGUGGCCUUGAGAGUAUUAACAAGACCAAGCUCCCUGGUAGGCUAAAGUUGUGGUGCCUUCAAUUUGGGCUAUUACCCAGGCUGAUGUGGCCUCUUACCAUCUAUGAGGUCCCAAUAUCAAAGGUAGAAAAGCUGGAGAGGGUGAUUAGCUCAUUUGCCAAAAAGUGGCUGGGACUCCCCAGAUGCUUUACUAACAUCGGAUUGUAUGGAAGAGGCAUCCUGGAGAUUCCCGUCUCCAGCCUUGCAGAAGAGUUUAAGUGUUCCAAAGUAAGGCUGGAAAUGACACUAACAGAGUCCUGUGACCCAAGUGUUUCAAGAUCAGCCCCUACACUGGUGACUGGAAGAAAAUGGAAUCCAGCGGCAGCUACUCACCAGGCAAAGUCAGACCUCAGGCACAGAGACAUCAUUGGUAACGUGCAACAGGGGAGAGGAGGCCUUGGCCUUGGAGGCAGUAGACCAUCGUGGCAAAGGGCAGCUCCAGCUCAACGCCGACAGCUGGUUGUGGAGGAGGUGCGUCGGCACGAACAGGCAACAAGGUGUGUAAAGGCUAUCUCACAAGCCAAGCAAGGACAAUGGACGAGAUGGGAGGGAGUUGAGAGGAGAAAGAUAUCCUGGAGGGAGUUGAUGGGCAUGGAAGCAUUUCAUAUCAGCUUUAUCCUACGUGCAACGUAUGAUGUCCUGCCUUCCCCCUCAAAUCUCAACCAAUGGUAUGGGGAAGACCCGACAUGUCCCCUCUGUCCAUCCCCUGCAAACCUAAAACACAUUCUGAUUGGAUGUAAGACAAGCUUGUCACAAGGCCGCUAUACCUGGAGGCACAACCAUGUCUUGAAAUGCCUAGCAGCUACCUUGGAGUCCAGACGGUUAAAGAUCAAUUCCCUGCCUCCUUCAUCAUUUCAUCCCUCAUACGCAAGAGAGUUCACCCGAGAAGGUACAAAAACAGCCAAAGUCCAAACAAUAUCGGACGUUGGCCAGCUUGGUAGGGCUCGAGACUGGAAGUUGGUGGUAGAUCUGAACCAAAGACUUCAUUUUCCUUCUGAGAUCGCCACAACAAACCUUAGACCAGACCUUGUGCUCUGGUCCUCCUCUCUCCACACUGUGUAUAUAAUAGAGCUUACCGUUCCCUGGGAGGAUGCUGUGGAGGAGGCAUUUGAGCGCAAAAGCCUUAAGUACACAGAGCUGGCAGCUGAUGCUGAGCAACGCGGAUGGAAAUCCAAGGUCUGCCCAGUGGAAGUCGGCUGCAGAGGCUUCGUGGGCAAGUCAACUAUCAGGCUGCUUAAGGAAUUGGGAGUGCAAGGUCAAACCUUACGCCGAACCAUCAAAGCCCUAUCAGGUGCAGCAGAAGAAGCAAGUCGAUGGCUCUGGGUGAAAAGGGGAGACUCCAACUGGGCCCCUAAUAUUACCUGAGUCAUUGAGGGGUUGA